GAAGAAUAAAUGAGGUAGUUUCAGUGAAUAUGGUUUGCUUAGUUUCGUUUCACGUAGCUGCUCUGCUUUUGCUUCUUCAUACGUCCACACAGACGGAUGUCCAAUCGAAGCAACUUGAUGAAUUAAAAGCAAAGAUUUCUAGGACUUCAGAUAAAAUCAGAAAAUCAGAUCCCAAUGCAAUGAAGAAAAUCGAUGAGUAUAUCAAGUGUAAAACUGAAUAUUAUGCCGCUGAUGGAGCAAUUAAAUCUUGGUCAAGUAACAUAAAUGUUUCUCAUACAGUGGUUUAAUUUUCAUUCAGUA